ACGCCCUAAUUUAUCGCGUUAUAACGCGCUAUUAUCGUCCUUACAUUGUACUGUUUAAGUGAUUUUGAACGGGAACCUCGUAUUUUUCGCCAUGCACCGUUCUUCUGAAUUCUCACAACAACGCGAUCAUGUUAUUACAGCCUUUAUUGCCACCGCAUCGCCACGGCAUCGUCACUCCUUGUCAUUCUCAUCCUCAUAGAAUGGUUAGUAUUGUAACCUAACCGUGAACAUAAUUUUUCCAAUUUAAACUAGCGCACUUUGUACUUGAAGAUGGAUGACAUGGAUGAACUGAUCAAGAAAUAUUUUAAACUUGGAUAUUCUCAAGUGGAAAUUGCGGCAACUUUAACGUCCCGUUAUAACAUCAAUCUGAGUGUUCGUCAGCUGCAAAGAGAACUUCAGCGCCUGGAGUUAUAUCGUCAUAAAAAUCAAACUGACAUGGCCCAAGUAAGAAGGUUUAUCGAAAGGCAACUGCAGGCAUCGGGCGAAUUACAUGGCUAUCGUUGGAUGCAUCACAAGUUAUUACAAGCAGGCAUGGUUGCCAGCAGAGAAACUGUGAGAAGGACGUUGUUGGAGCUUGACCCAGAUGGGGUAAAUCUUCGAAAGAGACGGCGAUUAGUACGUCGUCGAUAUUCUGGCCGCGGACCUAAUUUUGUGUGGCAUUUGGACGCGAUGGACAAACUGAAACCGUUCGGUAUUGGGAUCAGUGGCUGUAUCGAUGGUUUCUCCAGGAAAAUAAUUUGGCUAGAGGCAAACAGCACAACCAACGACCCUGAGUACAUCAGGGGCUUCUUCUUGAAGGCGGUGGAUAGACUUGGAGGAUGUCCCACCCUCGUCCGGAGUGAUAGGGGAACGGAAAACGGACAUGUGGGAGCAUUCCAGAGGUUUCUAAGACAUCACGACGAUGCACUUGGUGGCGAUAAGAGCUACCUAACUGGUCGAAGUACAGCGAAUCAGCGAAUAGAGUCCUGGUGGGGGCAGCUUAGAAAGCAAUGCACGGAGUUUUGGAGGACUCUUUUCCGGUGGCUGCUAGAAGAAGGCUUCUUCACAGGAGAUGUGAUGGACAAAGAACUUAUCCGAUUUGUCUUCAUGAAACACAUCCAGGGUGAUCUCGACGCAGUUGCAGAGGUGUGGGAUGGACACUUGAUCAGGAAAUCGAAGCAAGAGCAUGUGACCCAUGGACGACCGCUGCUCAUGUUCCAGCUGCCUGAGGUCUAUGGAACCAGGGAUCAUCUCAAACCCGUGGAACAAGAGAGAAUUGACUUGUGCAGAGAAGAAUGCAACUUCAAGGAUCGAUUUCCAUGUGAUCGGGAGUUAUUUGAAUACUGUUGUCAAUCACUCAUUACCAACGGAUGGGAAGAUCCUAGAAAACCUGAAGCUGCGAUGAACUUGUACAUUAACCUCAGGGAACAUGUUAGAAGAGAAAUCGGUGUUUAA